UCCAUCUCUGCCUGUGAACUUGAGACGAAGUGUGCAACCAACAAUCUUCCUCUGGUGGACUUCAACCACAGUGCACGCGCUUGGAAAAGCUCUUUUCCCCCCCCAGAGAUGGCCGCGGCGAUCCAUAUUUGAUCUGCGUUCAAGCGCGCGCAAAGCGGAAGUGACCGAAAGGGGAAGCUGUGAUCGCGAGGGGAAAAAGUGACUUAAAGUUCGAGUCCAGACUCGCUUCCGUGGAGCACCGAGGUCUGCAGUGGUGGGGAUUUUCGGUUCGGGUUUUUGAGGCGCGAGUCGCUCCGCUCCUGGGCUCGUGAGGAGGUGCUGCGGGGUCAUGGAUGCGCACGUCAAAGAGGGACAGCUGUACGUGCAGCAUCUGAAGUUUGGGAAGAAGUGGAAGAAGAACUGGUUCGUGCUGUACCCGGCCAGUCAGAAUGGAAUCGCACGACUGGAGUUCUUCGACUCUCACGGUGGUGGAGGCAGCUCUGGCGGCAGCUCAGGAGGCGUGAGCAAUGAAAAGACCCGUAAACUGGACAAGAAAAUCAUCCGGCUCUCGGAAUGCAUCUCCAUCCUGCCGGCUCUGAUUGAGAACUGCCCCAAAGACAACAUGACAGCGUUCUGUGUGGAGACCAACUACAAGACAUACGUAUUUGCUGCGGAGAAGACUGCUGCCAAGGAGUGGAUGGACAUGAUGUGUGACAUCGCCUUCAAGGGAGGGGGCAGCAGCUGCUGUGCUGCUGAUGCUAGCGAUGCACCACAGGAGAUGCAGAUGUCUGAAAACCUCAUCUACUACUCCAGGGAGGAGGUGAAUGAAUUCUGGGUGACCGUCCAGCGAACGGAGGCUUCUGACCGCUGCAGACUGGCAGGAAACUACUGUCUGAAAGCAGACAAAGACGCUCUGAUCCUUAAAGAUCCAAAGACCAAGAAGAAUGUUCUUGUGUGGCCAUACAAGUUACUGAGGAGAUACGGAAGAGACCGGGUGAUGUUCUCCUUUGAGGCGGGGAGGCGCUGUGAUUCGGGUCCUGGCAGUUUCACCUUUGACACCAAGCAAGGCAAUGAGAUCUUUGCGCUGGUGGCCCAGGCCAUCCAGUCUCAAAAGGCUCUGGAAGAUGAGCGACAUCUCAGCUAUCCCACAAGCUUCGAGUCAGACACCCUUCCUUCACUACACCAAUUACGAAACAAUGUUGCUAUGCCAGCCGGAGGCGGGGACUCCAGCAGCUCCAGCAGUCGAGAGGCGGACGGAGACUCUGGAGGCAGCAAACCCGGAUCGGCCGAUGGUAUUCUGGGGAAGAGAGAGGGAAGUGACGGAGGCAGAGCAGCUGGAGGAGCAGGAAACAAAGGCAGGAGCUUACCAGAGCCACCGGCCAAGUUGGGGAUUUUGGUUCGCCCCGGCCAUGGAGCAGCUAAAAGUGUGGAGCCUGCUGGAUUUUAUUCCGAACCAGUUGACUCAGUCCGCCUGCAUCUGCAAAACACUGACUCCUUCUACUCAGACCCGGUAGAUACUAUUAAAGACCAGAGUCAGUCCAGCAGCCCGUCCUCCCCACUUGUGCCUGCCCCUCGGCUUCGGCCCGUGGGUGUUGACACUGGAGGCGGUGCAGCCCAAUCGGACCAGCACCGGAAACCACCUGACCUGUACUCCCAUGUAUACGACCGCAUCAAUAUGGACCUCAGCCAGAAAACCGGCAUGCUUUCUCUAGAUGAGGCGGGAGGCAGUGGAAGAGGGGGGUCAAGCUGGAGAGCCCAGGACAGUCAGGCAAUGGCAGCUUCGUCUCCCCCGGCGCAACGUCAGGAGCACAUUUAUGACGAACCAGAGGGCUGCGCCCAAGUGAACAUAGGGAUGAGCAUUUACGACGAAGCCCGGCUGGAGCCUUUUGGCCUGUGGGGCGCGGAGGAAGCGGGGUCCCCUAUAAGCCUGGAUGGAGAAUACGACACCCCCACCCACAGACAGUCACCACCGCAGGUGGGGCAGGAAAGAUGCCCUCCAAGGUGGCCCAAACCCAGCACGGCGCCCAAACCCAGCAGGUUUGCAAGAAAGGAUCCCGAGAAACAUGGCAGCAACUUGAACAACAACAACAAUCAGCGGAAAAGCAGCGAGGGAGGAGAAGGAGUGAGGGAGCUGUACAGCAAAGUGUCCAAACACAAGCCAGGUACUUCCUGGUACAAACGGAGUAAAACACCACCGCUCAGGUCGCCUGACAUCAUCUACGACAACCUGGGCGACAUUUAACUUUUUUUACAGCCUCCGCUUUUCGUGAACUUUUUUUUUUCGCAGCCCAUGAAUGCAUCGGUUCAGUGUAUUAUUAAAUCUCGGUCCUAUGAAUGUCUUUUCACUGUACGGUUAAUUUAAAAUGUCAUCAACCUCAGAGGGAAUGCACUUGUUCAAAUGUUUUUUAAAGGUGAUGUGAAUACACAAACAGACCGGUGUUAAAAACCAACAUGCUAAAAUGAAGUCCUGUGUCAUGUGAUGUCGCUGGCUAGCCCACGCACAACCCAGGAGUUAGCAGCAGAAAUUCUGAUCGAUGGAAUUGUAUUUCCACUCCAUCUGCAUUAUUGUAGCACGAGACAGAGAUUUGAAAGUUGCUGGUCUGCAUUUAAUAUUUUGCACGGAUUAUGACCGGAUGUGUCCGUUGGCAGAAUAUUUGAAGUAAAUCAUGGUGAGGGUCUGGCUUUGGGGCAGCUUGCUGAAAUGUACGAGUCAGAUUUACAGAUGUUUCAAACGUAAACAUCUGUUAAGAGACAUUGGCUGAUUGUUUUCUGUACACACAGAGCAUGUACUUCCCAAAAUACAGCUCCGAACAGACUGAACUGGAACUAUUUCAGCACGAAGGCGCGAGUGUGUCUGGACAAUAAAAGUCAUUGUUUAGUCUCUAUAUAGAUAAAGCUUCUUUUUUGGAGCAAACAGGAAACGCGGAACUCUAUUUGGGUCGAGGAAGUGGACUGUGGUCUUACGUGACUGUAUGAACUUUUGCACGUUGAUAACAUGCCUUGCAUAUGAAGAUGAUAUAUAAAUGCCUGUAUAAUUUGACUAAUAUCAAAUAAAAUGUCCCUUUGA